ACCACUAAGGGCAAGUAUUCGUUGAACGAUUUCCAGCUGAUCCAAACGCUAGGUACAGGGUCGUUCGGUCGUGUUCAUUUGGUGUGCUCUGUACACAAUGGCCGCUACUAUGCGAUGAAAGUUUUCAGGAAAUCUCACGUCGUCAAGGCAAAGCAAAUAGAGCAUACAAACGAUGAGAGAAGAAUCCUGGCCAUGUGCAGACAUCCGUUCAUCACCAGAAUGUGGGGGACCUUCCAGGACUGUAAGUCGAUAUUCAUCAUUAUGGACUACAUAGAAGGCGGUGAGUUGUUUUCUCUGCUACGAAAAUCUAAGAUUUUUCCCAACCAAGUGGCAAAAUUCUAUUCUGCUGAAGUCUUGUUGGCUUUAGAGUAUCUACAUUCCAAGAACAUCAUCUAUAGAGAUUUGAAACCAGAAAACAUCCUAAUAUCAAGAUCAGGCCACAUCAAAUUGGCAGAUUUCGGUUUUGCAAAGCAAGUGGAAACUACAACUUACACCCUAUGUGGUACGCCGGAUUAUAUCGCUCCAGAAAUCAUUGCAGUUCAACCGUACACAAAAGCAGUGGACUGGUGGUCCUUUGGGAUUUUGAUCUAUGAAAUGAUUGCAGGUACAACUCCAUUUUAUGACCCGUCCCCAAUGAAAACUUACGAAAACAUCACUAAGUGUCAAGUGGUUUAUCCCAAUCACUUUCAAAUGGACGUGAUAGAUUUAUUGCAUGGGCUCAUCACAAAAGAUAUUACUUUUCGUUUAGGUAAUUUGAAAAACGGCGUUGACGAUAUCAAAAACCACCCUUGGUUUAACGAAGUUAUCUGGGAAAAUCUUUUGCAGGGCAAUAUAGAGACACCAUACGAACCCAACAUUCCUGCCGGUGUCGGUGACGCUUCUCAAUUCGAAAAAUAUCCCGAGGACAGGUAUGAUUACGGAAUAUCCAACGUACCUGACGAAUAUGGUCACUUCUUCCCAGACUUCUGA